GGAGAUAAGAAUAAGGAGAAGGUGAAGACUUUUAUACUGACUGCUUCUUGCAUAUCUUUUCCCUCCCCCCUCCUUCUGUCUCAAUUCCCUGGAACGUUCUCUGCUUGGUGGGAGUAGGGAGAGCUACGAGCUACCAGCAGCCUGAGUUUCUGAAUUUUAGGUUGUUGUUGGAAAAACCAUGCACAAAUCUUUGGAGUGAAGCUCCCAUCAACCAUUCCUUGGUUUCGUUCCUCUGCUCGUCCCUUUCUUGCCAAUCGUGGGGUAAUAAAGAGGAAUCAGCAAAGGCCACCCUUGCUACAUGCCACUCCAUCAAGGUCUAGGUGUAUGUUCAUUCUUGCAAACUAGGGUGAGACACUAGAAGCAGCAAAGCAGUCUGGUCGGAGAAGGCGUGAGCGUUCUCCAUUGCUGAUCCAAUGGGGGAGACGAACCAGCCGCCGCCGCCGCCGGUGGUCGCCCCUCCGCCGAUGGCGAUGCCGAUGCCGAUGCAGCCCAUGAUGGGGCCGCCCGUUGGCGCCGGCGCCAUCCACCCGCCCCACGAGCAGUUCCACCAUCUCGCGUACUGCGUCCACUCCAAUCCGUCUUGGAUUCAGGUGGCAGCACUUGCAUUCCUUCACUAUCUUGUGAUGUUGGGCUCUACCGUCAUGCUUGCAUCAGCUAUUGUUCCUGCAAUGGGUGGUAACGCUGGGGACAAGGCUCGUGUUAUUCAAACGUUCCUCUUUAUGAGUGGCAUCAAUACACUGCUGCAAACACUUAUUGGAACAAGACUUCCAACAAUUAUGAAUGCCUCCUUUGCAUUUGUUGUCCCAGUACUGUCAAUAGCCAGAGAAAUUGAUUCAAAUGACUUUGCAAAUAAUCACCAGAGAUUUGUCCACACAAUGAGAACAACACAAGGGGCUCUGAUUGUUGCUUCUAUCCUCAACAUGAUUCUGGGAUUCAGCACAGCAUGGGGGGCAUAUGCCAAGAAAUUCAGUCCUGUAAUAAUGACCCCUGUUGUUUGUGUCGUUGGUCUUGGACUAUUUGAACUUGGCUUUCCCCAGGUUGGGAAGUGUGUGGAGAUUGGGCUGCCAAUGCUAAUUCUUGCGGUGGUCGUGCAACAGUAUGUGCCACAUUACUUCAGCUAUAUCCAUGAACGGACAACCUUCUUGUUUGAGAGGUAUUCUUUGCUUCUUUGUAUCGGCAUUGUGUGGGCCUUUGCGGCUAUCCUUACUGCUGCUGGUGCAUACAACCAUGUUUCACUAAAGACGCAGCAGCACUGCCGCACAGAUAGGUCUUACCUAAUGUCAUCUGCACCAUGGAUCAAAAUUCCAUACCCCUUCCAAUGGGGUACACCAAUAUUCACCGCGGGUCAUUCAUUUGGAAUGAUGGGUGCUGUACUUGUUUCAGCCUUUGAGUCAACCGGAGCACACUUUGCAACUGCUCGUCUAGCCGGUGCUACACCACCUCCAGGUCAUGUCCUUAGUCGAAGUGUCGGCUUGCAGGGCAUUGGGAUGUUCCUGGAAGGGAUCUUUGGUGCUCCAGCUGGUUCAUCUGUAUCCGUUGAAAACAUUGGCCUUCUUGGGUUGACGAAAGUUGGAAGUAGGAGAGUGAUCCAGAUAUCAACUGGAUUUAUGAUAUUCUUCUCCAUAUUUGGGAAGUUUGGGGCCUUCUUUGCAUCAAUUCCAUUGCCAAUCUUUGCCGCAAUUUACUGCAUCUUAUUUGGCAUCGUAGCUGCUGUGGGAGUCUCGUUCAUGCAAUUUGCCAACAAGAAUUCAAUGAGGAACAUCUACAUCAUUGGGCUUUCAUUGUUUCUUGGCAUCUCAGUCCCCCAAUACUUCAGUGAAUAUACUUCAUCUGCUGGCCGUGGGCCUGCCCGGACAAAUGCAGGAUGGUUCAAUGACAUCAUAAACACAGUGUUCGCGUCUGGCCCAACAGUUGCGCUGAUUGUCGCAUCUGUUCUGGAUAACACGUUGGAAGCUAGGGGCUAUGAGUCUGACCGAGGGCUCUCAUGGUUCACGCCAUUCCUGCACCGGCGGAAAGGUUACUCAGACCCGAGAAAUGAGGAGUUCUAUAGCUACCCGAUCAGGGUUCAUGAUUUCAUCCCGAGCCGAUUUCUCUGACUCCUCAUGAGUGUUUCUGCUUCUGUGCAUGUAAAUCUCCUGUGACCUGUAGUGAUUGGCAUCUACUUUCUGGUGGGAUAUGGUACAAGAAUAUUUAGGACUUUUGCUUUAUUUUGGGCUAAGAAUCUAUUACAUGAUAAUGUAGAGUUUUCUGCCCGGCUGUAAUGUUUUGGGAAAGAUUACUAAAGAAUAGUACCUCAUUUGUUAAUCACGAUGCUAGAAAUGUUGAUGAACUUCUAUUUCA